AUGGCCAUGAAGGAGACCAUCCUGCCCAUCAGUGAGCUGCCGCCUCCAGCAGCAGCGUGCCCGUACCCGGAGGUCCUGGAGCUGAACGUGGGGGGCCAGGUGUACGUCACCAAGCGCUCCACGCUGGUCAGCGUGCCCGACACCACGCUGCACGCCAUGUUCACCCGCUGCACGCCGCGCGAGCUGCCCCGCGACUCCCGCGGCCGCUUCUUCAUUGACCGCGACGGCUUCCUGUUCCGCUACAUCCUGGACUUCCUGCGCGACCGGCAGCUGGUGCUCCCGGAGCACUUCCCCGAGCGCGAGCGGCUCCAGCGCGAGGCCGAGCACUUCCAGCUGGCCGAGCUGCUGCGCCUGCUGGGGCCGCGCGUCUCCAAGCAGGGCUCCAUGAACGACGAGGGCUGCCAGAGCGACAUCGAGGAGAGCUCGCAGAGCAGCGAGCAGCCCGGGACUCGGACGGCUCUGUCCAUGACCGCCUGCGCCUCCUCGCCGGCCGGCGGUGGCGCCGGCUACGCCCCGGACAAGAGGUCAGGGUUCAUCACCAUUGGCUACCGGGGCUCGUACACCAUGGUGCGGGACAACCAGGCUGAUGCCAAGUUCCGGCGCGUGGCGAGGAUCAUGGUGUGCGGCCGCAUCGCGCUGGCCAAGGAGGUGUUCGGGGAGACGCUGAACGAGAGCCGCGACCCCGAUCGGCCGCCGGAGAAGUACACCUCGCGCUUCUACCUGAAGUUCACCUACCUGGAGCAGGCGUUUGACAGGCUGUCCGAGGCCGGCUUCCAGAUGGUGGCCUGCAACUCCACGGGCACGGCCGCCUUCAUCAACCAGUAUAGGGACGACAAGAUCUGGAGCAGCUACACAGAGUACAUCUUCUUCAGGCCUGCCAUGAGGUCUGCUUUCCUAAAGCAUGAGUGCGAGGAGCCCAAGUCGGAAUCCAAGAUGCCAGACAAGGGCAGCGAGAGCGGCGCCUCCCUCAACGAGCUCUCCACCUCCAGCUCCGAGACCCACUCGGAGGCCACGUCUCCCCAGGACGCGCCCGUCAUCCUGGCCCAGGUGCUCAGCCUGGGCAGCAGCCCGGCUCCCUGCGGCGCCCUGCACUCCGUGUCCCGGCCCCCCAGCACCCUCACCCUGGGCCGGCCGCCCAAGAAGGGCUCGUCCGUGCAGUGGAUGGAGCUCCCCAAGGAGGACCUCCAGGACAAGAGGCGCAACAGCGAGCUCUUCCAGUCGAUGAGCAGCGGCGUGGGGGGAGGAGGGCUGAGGGAGGGCAGGGCCGGCGGACUGGGACGCAGGAGGACCACCAUGGAGAGGUCCAGCAUGGAGGUGGAGAUGAAGCAGUGCAUCCUGGACUUCAACAACAUCAAGAUACCGCCCGAGUUUCCAGAGAGAAAGAGGCAGUGGCAGUCGGACCUACUGCAGAAAUAUGGCCUAUAA